AUGGGUAACGUGUUUAGUGGGAUAUUUGGUAAAUUGUGGGGUGUCAAUAAAGAGAUCAGAAUCUUGAUUUUGGGGCUAGAUGGUGCUGGUAAAACUACAAUUCUAUAUAAACUUCAAAUUGGUGAAGUGAUUAAUACAAAACCAACAAUUGGGUUCAAUGUUGAAACACUAAGUUAUAAAAAUCUGAAGUUGAAUGUUUGGGAUCUUGGUGGUCAAACAUCAAUCAGACCAUAUUGGAGAUGUUAUUAUGCAAACACAGCUGCCGUUAUCUUCGUUGUUGAUUCUACGGAUAAAGAACGUAUAGAGAUUGCAUCCAAAGAAUUACAUACAAUGUUAAGUGAAGAAGAAUUGGCUGAUUCUGCAUUGUUGGUAUUUGCCAACAAACAAGAUCAACCGGGUGCAUUGAGUGCUGCUGAAGUUUCAAAAGCCUUGAACUUGGUGGAACUGAAAGAUCGUAGUUGGAGUAUUGUUGCAAGUAGUGCUAUAAAAGGUGAAGGUUUGACUGAAGGUCUUGAUUGGCUUAUUGAUGUCAUUAAAGAUGAGCAACUAUAA